AUGGCGUAUUUUUUAGAAGCUUGUGUACUAGGCAAACCAUCGUUAGCGAAUGUUCUCAGUGAUUCGUUGCCGGUUGCAAGUGUAUGCCAUGGGAAACCUGUUGUCUGCACCUUCGUCGUGGAGGAACUUCGAGCCGAAUACGUCUACAGCUUCGACGUGCGUGGCCUCAACGUUAACGUCAGCACUUUGGGUGAUGGCUUGGAAUCGCCACUCAAGGUCGAGGUACCAGCUGGAGACCCACCUCCUCCGAAGAACAUGUCACUGGUGGCCGCAGACUGCCCAUCGGCGCCUGAGCCGGACUCUCAGAAGAGGUUCAUGAUUUUCGCCGACAUGUUCGACGACAAGAACGGCGCAAUAAUACAUUACGAUGUGGUCGUGGGAUCCGCAGAGCUUAUUGAUGAAGAUAUUGAAAAUGGUACCACAUGGAAAGAAGUUUCCCGAUAUCAACCUACUCCACCGCACAUAAUUACGCCACAAGGCUGGAACCCUUUCCUCAAGGAGAAUCAUGGCGAGGAUCCGCUGAACUGUGAACCACUUAAGGGCCGAGAUGGGACUAUGAUAUGCACCAUUGGCAGUGAAAUUUGCGAGGACGACCGGGUGACACCCUGCAACGGGCCUCUUAGAGGCGGGACAGAGUACGCAAUGUACAUUAUCGGAUACACAAAAGGGGGUAGUCGUGCCAGUUACCCUAUAGUCUUCAUUACAGCACUUCCAGAGGAGCCUAGUUCUGCAGGAGCAAUUGCAGGGGGAAUUCUGACAGCCAUUAUUAUAAUGGCUGCGAUCCUCGCAGUAAUAGUGAUUCACAGGCGGCGAAUGGCACGGCAGAAGCAAGCGAACUCGAAGAGGUCAUCUGCUGAUCCAUGCAGCAUUAACAAUUCCCUGAUGAAUUUGGUACACAUGUCCGACAUGAAUGGUUUGGCGACAAAGCCGAACCCUCCUGCUAUGCCAGAUGAGCAGAUCGAGAUGGAACAUCACGUCAUUAAAGACGUCAACAAGCCUAUACCCAAAAUGGAGUUCAGAAGCCACCUUGAAAUGAUGAUGAAAGAUUCGGCCUACAGGUUUGCGGAUGAAUACGAGAGGCUAGUAGAACUCAGUCCGCAGUAUCCUUCUGACGUUGCAAGGCAUCCAGCGAACAGCAAGAAAAAUCGGUUCACAAAUAUUCAUCCAUUCGACAAGUCUAGGGUGCCCUUGUCAAUGAUUGGCGAGGAUGAACAGUCCUCUUACAUCAACGCAAGCUUUGUGAAGGGUUGCUAAUUCGGAGCGAGAGUACAUCGCUGCACAGGGACCCAAUGCCCUCACUGUCAAUGACUUUUGGCGAAUGAUCUGGGAGCAUGAUGUCAAAAUAAUUAUCAUGCUCACGCAGUUUGUUGAAGGGAACAAGAAAAAGUGUGAAAAGUAUUGGCCUGAUGACAACAAAGAACAUGCAUACGGAAGCGUACAAGUGCGCAUGGACUCAGUGAAGGAAAGGAGUGAUUUCACUUGACUGAAUUUCGAAUCAAAUCUGACGACUCCAGUAAGUGGCGUAGCCUACGCCACGUGUUUUUCACGGCGUGGAAGGACCAUGGAACUCCGGAAAAACCGGAGACACUCGUGCAGUUUGUGCGUACCUGCCAAGGCAUGUUCGGUCCGAGAGGUGGCUCGCAGCCACCAAUCCUCGUACAUUGCAGCGCUGGUGUGGGACGGACAGGCACCUUCAUCGCCCUUGACAUGUGCCUGCAGAAGCUCGAAGUGGAUGAAGAUAUCGACAUCUUUCACCUUGUCUUGGACCUGCGAGAGUGCAGGAGAUGCAUGGUACAAAACGAGAAACAAUACACCUACCUAUACCACUGUGUGGCCUCCGUUAUCGACGAGAUCUAUGGAAGCACAGUACAAAAUGAGCCAAUAUAUGAGAAUGUCGCUGCCUUGAUGUCGGGGUCUGCCUGCUGAAGACACCAAAAGAAGAUCGACCUCAUCGGAGACAUGCGAUAGCACUGACUAGAGACCUUUAGAACAAAUGCUCAGUUGUGAUUUUCCUGAGUUGAACUUGAAUGGGAGAUAACCCGAGCAAACAGUACAAUGUACAAUGAGACUCGGACCACCCUAUGCAUCCAUUGAUGCCUAACCUAUGUUUUUGUCUAGACAAGCUCAAGAGACCCCACUAUACACUACAGAGCUGUAGAUUUUUUUUAAUUUACUUAAGGAUUUUGUCUGAUAUACCCACCUACAAUAUUUUUCACUUGGCAUCUGAAUAUCGUCUUGAGAGCUUUCAAUGAGUUUCAGUGCUAUUUCACCCAUCCUUUUGUUCAUCCCGAAUGCGCAAAACAAGUGCAGGUCUCUACAUUUUUUUUUUCAUUUUGGCAGUCCAUGUGUAGUGUUGCUGUAAUUAAGCUCAAGUGAAGGGCAAAUUAAGUGCUGCCAAAUUGUGUGGGAAAGGGGUAAGCUGCUCAAAGUGCGUGAAUGCUGCAUAGAAAAACAUCUACUUUUAGGUAGUUUUGUAAGGCACGAAACAAAAUCGUUUUUGGUAGUUGCGAAUGUUUGUAUAGAAUAAUUUAGCAAAUAAACAAGAGAGCCUCAUAAUUUUUAAAAUAUCUUAUGACAAUUAGCUACAAAACACUGUACCACAUCACAAAAUUGCUUUUUUUUCUACUUCAAGUUCGUGUAGACUAUGCUGUAUAAACCUAUAGCGCACCUUUUCUUUGAUUAUGUAGCGACGUGGUGGCAUCCGUUGUAGACGUGUCGUCGGGGCUGGUUUAAUUAAAGGAUGACUCAGGGAUGAAGCGAGCUGCCGAAGUAGAGCGGCAGCCGUGGCGGCCAGCCAGAAGCACACGAACGUUCAAGGCAUCUCACGCCAAGAGCCACUAUCUUUUGUUAUUUUAUUUCACUAGCCAGCUGGCCGCCACUAGCACUACGCGACAAUAACACACCAGGCCACGUUAUUUCUUAGCAUUGCCAAGUACUUCGAUGCCAUUCCAAUAUUUUCACAGUGAUUGAAAGUCUUCAGAACUCCUACACAAUAAUACUUCCUUCUUUACACAAAAUCUAAACGUACUAAAUGCUGAGCAUUGUGCAGAUAUUUCAUGACGAUAAUAGCUGAUGAAGUGAUCAUGACGGUCAUACCGGAUAAGUCAAUUGCAACUGUUUCUUCACAAAUAUUGCCAUUUAAAAGUUGACGUACUUUCAUUUACGACAAGUAUGUGUUAUUGAGAUUUUAUAUAAUCACACCCUUUUUUAACUAGACGCCUUCGGAGAUAAGAACACUGGCAAAAACAGUCUUAGAAACCUUGAAACGCACAACGACAACCUUUGAAGAAAAAGUUGGCGUGAAAACUUGCAAUAUAGCAGUAAAGCGUUUUGCCUUUUAUAGUUAGAUUUGUGUACAUAGUAAUUUCGUUGCUUGACUCAGUGGCACUGUCGUCAAUAGAGUACUGCGAGCGAUAAACAUACAUUGAAGGGCCAGUCAGCAGACUCCGAAACGCGAAGAAAAAGCUCGUGCAUUUUUUCUGCGCGUGACCAAUCUCCUUCCACGCGCUGUGACGUCAACUCGGUGAUCAGUGACGUGGCGCAGCACGCAGCUUGUCGAUUGGUCUAAACGAGGCCUCAACAAAGAGUAAUAAAGUCAACGUCGCCAAUCGCCGAAGGGACGUCCCUGCGCGUGGACAAGGUUGGUAAGGGGCAAAAAAAAUGCGUGCGCUUGUUUAGAGAGUGUAAAAAAAUGGUCGAAUGCUGUUUACUGACUCUUUAAAUCAAUCAAAAUAUGAAAAAAAAGUAAUUUUUCUUCCCUGUGGUCAUCUUUAUCACAAAAAAUAGCACGAGGUAGGAAAUGAUUUAUUACAACCUGCGCAUUUAUUCAGAGUGCGUUCACCAUAUUGUGAAGAAUACUUUUUGUACUUACACAUGUUGAUUGUGAGAAAACAGCUAUUUGUCCACGCCUAAUGGUCUUUCGUGUCAUUUUUUGUGUUCUGCAAUAUAUGUACAUAAAGCACGUAUAUCGCUAUUGUGUGUGACGACUCUUUGUAAUUUAGCAAAUGUUCGCUUUUUAUCAGUGUGAUUGUGCUUCAUGCGAGAAGCUUAUAAAUCAUAGUGUCCGUAUUCUUGCGAACUGAUCAAAGGCAUUCCAUAAUGUAUUUUACGUACUUUGUGUUUUAUUAUGUGUGUUGGUUGAAUAAAGAAAAAAACACUUUUUUCGGUC